GUCCUCAGCUCAAAGUACAAUGACCCGAAAACUGUUCCACACACGCACACGCAAACACACGGUGUAUAGCUUGUGAGAAUCUGUGAGUAACAUUACAAUCUGUAGGGAAGAAGAGUUCAGCUACUUUCACACGAACACACCACGUUUGAUUGCUUUUAACGGUGACGCGUUCACGACGCUCCGGAGUUUUCGAGGAAUCUGAAACAGAGACUGUUGGAUACAAACGCUGCUGCUCGUCUCCCCAUGGCGGAGUGCUAUUACGUCGGAGUGGACGUAGGCACUGCCAGUGUGAGGGCUGCACUGGUGACCAGAGAUGGCGUCCUGAAGAGUACUGCAAAGGAGCCCAUCAGCAUCUGGGAGCCCCAGUCUGACCACUAUGUCCAGUCCUCCACUGAGAUUUGGGAGAAAUGCUGUGCAGUUGUCAAGAGGGUUACCCAGGGUGUGGACAGGAACCAGGUUUGUGGUGUUGGUUUUGAUGCCACCUGCUCUCUUGUGGUUUUGGAUCAAAGCUUCCAGCCUGUACCAGUCUGUCAGGAUGGUGACAGACAAAGGAAUGUGGUGAUGUGGAUGGACCAUCGGGCUGCAGAGCAGGCCGCUCGUAUAACCACCGCCGGCCACAGGGCUCUGAGCAGGGUAGGAGGGGUCAUGUCACCUGAGAUGCAGCCCCCGAAGCUGCUCUGGCUCAAAGAGAAUCUCCAAGAAAGCUGCUGGAACAAAGCAGCUCAUUUCUUCGACCUGCCAGAUUUCCUGUCGUGGAAAGCAACGGGGUCUUUGACCAGAUCUCUGUGCACUGUGGUGUGUAAGUGGAUGUACUGCCCUCCAGAGGGAUGGGAUGACAGCUUUUGGACAAGUAUUGGAUUGGAGGACCUCCUAGAAAAUAACUAUUCCAAAAUAGGCAGCGUGACCUGUUCUCCAGGGAGCCCGUUGGGAGGAGGCCUCAGCCAGGAGGCAGCAGCGGAUUUUGGUCUGAACCCGGGAACUGCAGUCGGCGCUUCUCUCAUUGAUGCUCAUGCUGGAGGCCUAGGUGUGAUAGGUGCAGAUGUUAAAGGCUUGAAUUUGCCAUGUGAGGACCAGUCUAUCACCCAACGCAUGGCGGUGAUCUGCGGGACGUCCAGCUGUCACAUGGCGAUCAGCGAGCAGCCCCGGUUUGUGCCUGGAGUGUGGGGACCCCACCUGUCGGCCAUGGUGCCGGACAUGUGGCUCAACGAGGGAGGACAGAGUGCUACAGGAAGGCUGAUUGACCACAUGGUGAAGGGCCACGCUGCCUACGCUCAGCUCCAGGAGCAGGCACAGCAGAGAUGUCCCUUCACAGGUGAGAGCAUCUACAGCUACCUGAACAGCCACCUGAGUUCAAUGGCUACCUCCAGUUCCUCUGUUGACCUGCUGGGAUCCAGUCUUCACUUGUGGCCAGACUUCCACGGGAACAGGUCUCCCCUGGCUGAUCCCACGUUAAAGGGCAUGGUGGUUGGACUGGGCUUCUCGCAAACCUUGGAUGACCUGGCUCUGCUCUAUUUAGCCACUAUGCAAGCCCUCGCUCUCGGUACGCUACAUAUUCUGGAGGCCAUGAAGGAAGCAGGACAUGAUAUCACAACCCUCUUCCUGUGUGGCGGACUGAGCAAAAACUCCCUGUUUGUACAGAUUCACGCCAAUGCAACAGGAUUGCCUGUGGUGCUACCAGACCAGGUGGAGGCUGUGUUAAUAGGAGCAGCCAUUUUGGGAGCAUGUGCAUCACAGGACUUCAGCUCUAUACAGGAGGCAAUGGAGAGAAUGGCCAAAGUGGGGCGAGUUGUUCAGCCCGACGAUAAACUCCAGAGCUUCUAUCAAAGAAAGAACAAGGUGUUCUUGCGGCUUUUUGCCCACCAGAGGGAGUACCAGGCCCUCAUGAACGAUGGUUGACGGAGGCACCAUGAAGACUGUGACCUAAAACAGAAAAUGGAUUCACACACUGCAAACAAGAGCAGUUCCGAAUAAUUGUUUUCAAUGAACUGAAGUAAAACAGACCCGAUGCUGCAGGAUGAUAAAGCAAAUGUGCGGACAUCCACAGAUUGAACAGUAUGUGUGGGCUCCCCAAAGGCCUCUCUGCCUUAAGGUGACAGUACCAUGAAAUACUGUCAGAUUAAAAUAUAUGAAGAAAU